AAGGGAAGGCAACCAAUAAAAGUUUUGUUGUGAAACAGGUUUCCCAAUGCACAGCUAAAGCCCACUGGGAAACUCUGGAAGCCAGUGUAAAAUACGCUCCUUACUAUUGUUUCACCGAGGGAUGAGGAAGCUGAGUUGUUUAUACAUGGAGUCCCCUCACUGAUUCUUUGAGUACUGUAACUGUGGGGAAUUCAUUCCCCACGAUUUCUGGCAGGGAAGAAAAGCUCAUAUGCAGAGUAUGUAACAAUUCUGAUAAGGGUACAUUUCUGCCAUCUUGAGUGUGGAAGAGAUCUGAUAUAAUCAAGUGGACAGUUGGUUUUCCUGAAGGAUAUUAUCAUAUCAAGGGUUCAGCAUAAGUCUCUGUUUUGAAAGAUCCGAUAUUCAGCAAUGGCAGUAGCUAAAUCAGCUUGGUGGGAGAAUGCCUGCAAAGCCUCCCAUCUUUACUACCGUAACUAAUCUCUUGAUGGCCCAUUGGGCAACUCUAACAGGCAAAAGACUGAGAUUGGCUCAUAUCUAUUGGAUGAAUCGUUCUAUCUACCUGGUAGUUGAGCCUCCUGAGUAGUGGAUGAUCUCCUAUGAUCAUGACUUGAGACAUAAAGAUCUGCACAGUUUGCACCCACUUCCAUAGGUUGAUUCACAUAUUUCUUACCUAGAACUCUUUGUCUCCAGUUUUCCAGUCUUGCUUCCUCUAGCUCCCUGACCAACCACCCAAAUCAUUUGCUGCUGCUCAGGAAUCUCUGUAUAUCUUUACAUCAUUCCCUCCUCCUGCCCCUCAUCCAGCUGAUGACAAGAAGUACUGCCAGAGCUCUGCCGUUUGGAAGGAUUACCCAUCACCACUUUCUUGCUGGACUGUCACUGUUUGGGGACGUCGUGCAGCAACCGUUCAUUGCGGUUUGCAACAACAUAUUGAGCUGACAAACCAAGAACCAGGCCCAAGUUUUUUUCCCUCUGUCUCUAUCAGCUUGACAUAGGAGAACCCAUAUGAGACCACAGGUGUGAGAUCUGCCAUUACACCAAAUACAGUCAUUUUAGAGGAGCCAAAAUAGAAGACAUUUGCCAUGUUUAAUAACCGCGAGUUCUAUUCUAAGGCCUACACAACAGUAACGAUGGGAUUAAGACAACAUACAGUGUUUUUAAAGAAAAUGACACAGUUUAUUUUGCAAGAAAUGCCAAAAGCUCGGUAUUCCAGUUUAUUAAAUGAUUUUGUUGAAUCUAAUUAUUUUGUGAUCGAUGGAGAUUCGUUGCUUGUCACAUGCCUAGGUGACAAAUCGUUCAAGCGAGGGCAGGAUCUCCACUUCUUCUAUCUGGUUGAAUGCUAUCUUGUGGACUUGAUGAGGAAUGGAGCACAGUUUGGUAUCAUUUUCUUCGAGGAUGCUGAAUGUGCCUAUUUUCCUUUUCCUGAACUUCUUCCACUGAGAACUGCUUUAAUUCUCCACCUUCAACACAAUACUAACAUAGAUGUUCAAACCGAGAUUUCUGGAUGCUUAUCACUAGAGUGGGAACUUUUCUUGGAAGAGCGUCACCCGUAUUUCUUGAUAGUUUCGGAUGAAGGCCUGAAUGAUCUACAAACACACCUUUUUAACUUUUUAAUUAUACACUCCUGGGGAAUGGGAGUCCAUGUUGUGCUCUCGUCGGGGCAAGAAUCUGAUAGUCUCAAACUUUAUGCGUACAUUAUGCAGAGCACGAAGAGAAACCAAAAGUUUUCUAAGGAGAAUCAAAUGAUGAGUCAGAGUGCUUAUAAAAGCCUUAUACAACACUUGGAAGAAGACAAAAUUUUAGCAUUAACAUCUCACUUUGGACAUUUAAGAUGGGAAGAUAUGGUAGAAGAGCAGGCACAUGAGACUAUCUUUCUGCUCAGGCAACUCUGGCCACAAGGCUCUGAUAUCCGGAGUGUUCUCUGUGUUACUUUAUGUUCAUUGUCCUUGGGAAGGUACCAUUGCUUCUUAGAAAACAAAAAGAAGAGAGCCUCCGAUCAGGAAACUAGUGUUCGUCAGGUGGACACUGAUUGCUCAGCGCUGCAGGAGGUGGAAGAUCUGUGUAGACUACACUGCCUCAGCAUAGCUUUUCUGCUCCGCUUACCUCUAUCUCAAAGAGCUCAGACCCGAGUCAUCACUUCCCAUUGGAUUCAGAAUAUUCAGACUUUCUUAAAAAUGAAAAAAUGGUGUGAAUACUUUAUUCUAAGAAAUAUAAGCAAAUUUGGAUCUUGGAAUCUGAAUCUAAAGCAUCUUUCUGACCUAAACGAUGAGCAUUUGUUAAAGAAUAUUGCCUUUUUCUACGAAACGGAAAAUGUUCAAGAGAUAUAUUUGAAUUUGGGAGAUUUCAUUAAGAGAGAUUAUGAACACUUGUGGAAUUCUGUGUCCCACCUGGUUAAAGAAUUUAAUGUUGGAAAGCCUUUUCCUUUGAGAACAACAGCAGGAUAUUUUCUUGGAAAGACAUCAUCACCAAUUCAAGAAAUCUCCUCGGAAAACAUGUCUAAUUUGGGUUUUAUUCCAAUGACAUCUGCUAUAAUUGAUAUGUUUCUUGGAGACACGCUGAAGGAUUUGCCUUUUCUAAAGAGUGAUGAUCCAGUUGUUACUUCACUAGAUAAACCAAAGAAAUCUGUUGUACGUUUUCGCUUGCGUACUCACACGACCCUUAGCGAUGACUAUGACAUGACCAAGUGUCACUUUGAUGAAAAAUCUACAGACAGUCAUUAUGUUAAUCACCAGCAGAAGAAAAUGGCUUAUCAGCGAUUUUAUGGGAAAUCAUUAGAAUCUGUCUCUGCAAAAGUCAUUGUAACUCAAACUUCCCAUCCAGAGGAAGAGUCCAGUAGAAAGAAAACGUCACAUGAUACCAAACCCAAAAAACUUACCAAAAAGCAAACCAGGAGGCUAAUGUGCCAAGAACAGAAAGAAGAAGAACUACGGAAUGAUCUAGUAUCUUCUAUUCACAAAGAGAUGAGAGAGAAUUUAAAUUCUGGAAUAAAGAAAUUAGAGGAUUGUUUGAAGUCAUGUUCAAGGAUUCCAGAGAAAUUGGAACUUGAAAUGGUAGGAUUGACCGUCUGCUUUGAAACAUGGAAAGAACACUGCCGAGGUGAAGGCAAGAUUUCAAAAGAUCUAAGUAUAGCUGUUCAUAUGAUGGAAAGGAUCUAUUCACUCCUGCAAAGAUACGAAGGAUUUUUAUUAAAGCAAGAUUAUGAAUUUAUAGCCAAAUGCCUUAAAUAUUUAGGUUUUAAUGAUAUGGCAAACUCUUUAGAUCCAACUCUGCAGAUGACAGACAAGAAAAAGAAGAAAAAGGAUAAAUAUUCAAUUGACAUUGGACCAGCUAGAUUUCAACUCCAAUACACAGGCCAUUGUUUGAUGAGAGAUGAGAGAGAAGAUCUAGAUCCCAGGGUCCAGGAGUUUAUUCCAGACGCAUGGCAGCGAGAGCUCCUGGAUGUUGUGGAUAAUAAUGAGUCAGCAGUGGUUGUUGCCCCAACGUCCUCAGGCAAAACCUAUGCUUCUUACUACUGCAUGGAGAAGGUGCUGAAGGAGAGCGAUGACGGUGUGGUUGUGUAUGUGGCACCAACAAAGGCUCUUGUUGGUCAAGUGGCAGCAACUGUUCAGAACCGUUUUACUAAAACGUUGCCGAACGAUACAGCUUUAUGUGGUGUUUACACGCCGGAUUACCGUUGCGAUGCACUAAACUGUCAGGUACUUGUUACGGUGCCUGCGUGUUUUGAAAUUCUGCUGCUUGCUCCUCAUCGCCAAUAUUGGGUAGAAAGGAUCAGAUAUGUUAUAUUUGAUGAGGUCCAUUGUCUUGGUGGAGAAAUUGGAGGAAAAUAUUGGGAGCGCAUCCUUGUCAUGAUUCAAUGUCCAUUUCUGGUCCUUUCAGCUACCAUAAGCAACCCUGCACAUCUCACUGAGUGGCUAAAAUCAGUAAAACAGUACUGGAAACAGGCAGACAAGAUUAUGGAAGAAGAGUUUAUUUCUAAAAAAAAGUCUGGCCAACGUUCCAACUCUCUCAAAGAUAAUUUGUGUAUAAAUCAAUCAUAUGAAGUUAGACUUGUGAUCUAUGGAGAGAGAUACAAUGAUUUAGAAAAGCAUGUAUGUUCAGUAAAACAUGAUGAUGUCUCUUUUGAUCAUUAUCAUCCAUGCGCCGCAGUGACGACAGAUUAUAUUGAAAAAUACGGAUUUCCUUGUGAUCUUACCCUCUCACCUCGAGAAAGCAUCCAACUUUAUGACGUCAUGGUUCAAGUCUGGAACACCUGGCCCAGAGCUCAGGAAUUGGAUCCAGAGAAAUUCAGUCUUUUUAAGAAUAAAGCGUUCAUUAAAAAAUUGGAUGCUAGAAAAUAUGAAGAAAUUCUAAAGGCAGAAUUAACAAGCUGGGUGAAAAAUGGCAAUAUAAGAAAGGCCGAAAGAGUACUGGAGAAUCUCAGCCCUGAAUCAGUAUCUGAUUCAAAAGAUAUGGUAAAAAUGUUUCCCCUUCUUGUUGAGAAGCUAAGAAAAUUGAAUAAGUUACCUGCAAUAGUUUUUGGUUUUAGGAAUGGUGAUUUGGAAGCAAUUGCUGGAAGUUUGUGCACUUUUCUGGAAGAGAAGCCAGAGAGUAAAAGCCCUCUCAGAACUGACGAGUGUCAUAGCUAUGAUGCUGACAUAGCUAAAUGCCUUAAAAAGGAGAAAGAAAUCAACGCGAAACAAAAUAAAAUCAAAGCAAAUGAUCAGCAAAAGGCUAGAAAAUUGGAAAGGAAGCUAACGUAUACAGCUGAGCAUAUUCAUUUCCUGAAGAAUUUGAAGAAGAUUCAGGAAGUUCCUCAGGACUGCACCUACGGUGAUGUGAAUGCGCUGGACACCAAGUCUUUGAAAGCAGUGUUUGAACAAGUAGAAUCAACGAGAAAUGGCAAGAAGUUGAAGACUUUGGCACAAAGGGGUAUUGGAUUUCAUCACAACUCCAUGUAUUUUAAAGAAAAAGAGUUUGUGGAGAUACUCUUUGCGAAAGGGUUUAUCAAGGUGGUGACAGCUACUGGAACUCUUGCCUUAGGAAUCCAUAUGCCCUGUAAAUCUGUUGUUUUUGUUCAAGACUCAGUCUACCUGGAUGGUUUAAAUUACAGACAGAUGUCUGGACGUGCUGGAAGACGAGGUCAAGACCUGCUGGGAGAUGUGUAUUUCUUUGGUAUUCCACUGCCCAAAAUAGAAAGACUCAUGACAUCCAACGUUCCUGAGCUCAGAGGACAGUUCCCACUCAGCACAACCCUGGUCCUGAGACUUAUGCUGUUGGCUUCCAAGACAGAUAAUGCCAAUGCAAAGGUGCUGUCAGUGCUGAAGCAUUCACUGUUGUCCUACAAGCAACCUAAAGUCACGAAGAUGUUGAAACUUUACUUCUUGUUUUCUUUGCAAUUCCUGGUGAAAGAGGGCUAUUUAAAUCAAAAAGGUAAACCGAUGAGGUUUGCAAGACUCGUAGCACGUUUGUGUGGCCAUGAACCGUCUAAUUUUAUCUUUGUGAGUUUUCUUGAGAGAGGUCUUUUCCAUAAACUCUGUCAGCCAACCAGGAGAGGAUUUCCUCAGAAUGUGGUGGAGACUCUGAUGUUAGUAUUGGCCAAUUUGUUUGGAAGAAAAUAUAUUCCAGUGAAAUCUCAAGAUGCUAAUUUCAGAUUUACUCAAUCAGAGGUGAUCCUUGACGAACUCCCGGAGGAUUUUAAAGCUGCUUUACAGGAGUAUAAUUUGAAAGUGGCAAAGGACUUUGCUUCCUUCCUACUGAUUUCUUCCAAGCUGGUGAACGUGAGAAACGAAUGUCGGCUCCCGUUGUCAAGAAUCAAAUUCACAGGUGAAGAAUAUGAAGACUCCCAACUGGUGUCUAACUUGAUGAACUGCAAGGAAGGAAGAGUGGCCAUUUCACCAUUUGCUUGUCUGUCUGGGAAUACAGAUGGCAAUUUGCUUCAGCCAGAGAUUGUCAACCAUGUCGUUCUGCGCACAGUCGGUUCCAGUGUCAUGCAGGCUCCUGUGCUGUGGUCACAGAAGAUUGAUAACCAAGGAAGAAGAAUGCCACUUAGUGCUUAUGCACUUGACUUCUAUAAGCAUGGCUCCUUGACAGAAUUAACACGAGAUACUGGGAUGUCUCCUGGAGAACUUUUAAGACUUCUAAAAGAUUUUGCAUUCUACAUCAAAACUAUCAGUUAUUCUUUGAGUGAACUAUGUGAAAAUAAGGAUGACAAUGUUGUCUUGGCAUUUAGACAACUGAGUCAAAUCUUCUAUGAAAAACUUCAAAAAGUCCAAAACUGAAAUGCAUCCACAUCCUUGGAAUAUUGCUGCAAGAGUGUUUCAAGUCCGAUUAUGUGGUUUUCAUCCCUUUGCCAGAAAUGCAUUUGAGCCGAUGCAAUGAAAUGGAAAGAAGAAUCGUCUUGGAGUCAAAUAGAAUUGGACUCAGAUACUAACUCUGCCAUGUCUUAGCUGGAUGACCUUAGUUUCCUUUCAGUAAAGUGAGAGUGGAAAUACAUACCUCUGGUUGUUUUAAGGAUUAAGUGAAGUAAUGCAUGAAAAGGCACUGGAAUAAAGCACUGACUAUUUUUUUGUCGCUAAAGUUAAUGCAAAGCAGAAUUUUAAUUUCACAUUGUCAAGUUUUUGAGUAUGUUUCUAACCUAUUGAUCUUUCCAUGAGUGAUCCAUAAAACAAAAAGGACCAAAUUAAUUUCAAGCAAUAAAUUAGUUGUGUAAAAAGAACUUCUGAGACUACAAGACAGCCACGUAGAAGAGUUACAAACUACUCUCCUAAUGAUAGAACAUACUGAUUCAACAACUUUUUAAAAAUAGCUGUGAGAGAUUUUGAGUCUCCCGCACUUUGUUUUUCCCAAAUGAUCAACAGUACAUUUUUCUAUUUCCUGGCAGUGAUUAAGGAUGAUGAUAUAUGCAACUGAAGGAGUCCCUGGGAAGUACAAACAAUUAAUGCACUCAGCUGCUAACUGAAAGGUUGUAGGUUUGAGUCCACCCAGAGGCGCCUUGGAAGAAAGGCCUCACGACCUACUUCAGAAAAAUCA